UCACCAAGUAUACUUGUCAACGGUGUCCGGUUAGAGACAGCCUCUCUUAAUUUUAACACUAACUGGAACCUCAGCUUGGACUUGGCGGCUGAUCUGGGUCUGUCUGGGGUUGUUUUCAGACUGAACCAUCCCACACUUUGGAAAGAGAGUGUUGUGUGGUGAGCCACGUGUACAGGAACUGGACCUAGAGGAACCAGCGAAGGUCUGUUUGACUAGAAAGACACUACUGGUAUUAACAGCUAACUGCCCUGCUUUGACCUUUCAUCCAGAGGUAAACAUGGCUGUUUGGAGGAAACUGUGGUGCAGAAACCUCCUGGCUGUGUCUCUGCUUUUCUACAUGCUCCUCCACAUCAUUGAUGUGCACGCACGGCCAGCCAACAUGUCGGCCUCUAAAGAUAAGUCUCCAUCCAGCAAAGACGAGAACGAGAUUCUUCCUCCAGAUCACCUGAACGGGUUGAAGAUGGAGCUGGACGGCCACCUCAAUAAGGACUUCCAUCAGGAGGUUUUUCUGGGGAAGGAGAUUGAGGAGUUUGAUGAGGAUUCAGAGCCGAGGAGGAACAGAAAGAAGCUUAUUGAAAUUUUUACCAAGGUCGACUUCAACAGGGACAGGAGCAUAAGUGCCAAGGAGAUGCAGCGCUGGAUUAUGGAAAAGACGGAGGAGCACUUUCAGGAAGCCAAGAAGGAGAACAAGAACAGUUUCCGUGCUGUCGAUCCAGACGGCGAUGGUCACGUGACAUGGGAUGAAUACAGAGUGAAGUUUCUGGCUAGCAAAGGUUUCAAUGAGAAAGAGAUUGCGGAGAAAAUAAAGAAUAACGAAGAUCUGAAACUGGAUGAGGAAACUCAGGAGGUCCUGGAAAGCCUGAAGGACCGCUGGUUUCAGGCCGACAACCUUCCAGCUGACCAGCUGCUGAAUGAGGAGGAGUUCUUGUCUUUCCUUCACCCUGAGCACAGCAGAGGCAUGCUCAAAUACAUGGUCAAGGAGAUUGUGCGUGACUUAGACCAGGACGGCGAUAAGAGGCUGACACUGUCAGAGUUCAUUUCUUUGCCCGUGGGCACUGUGGAGAACCAGGAGGCUGCAGAGAUCGAAGAUGAGUGGGUCAGAGAGAGGAAGAAGGAGUUUGAGGAAGUCAUCGAUUCAAACCGCGACGGCAUCGUAACCAUGGAUGAGCUGGAGGAGUACAUGGACCCGAUGAAUGAGCACAACGCUUUGAACGAGGCCAAGCAGAUGAUCGCUGUCGCAGACGAGAACCAGAACCAUAACUUGGAGCUGGACGAGAUUCUCAAGUACAGCGAGUACUUCACAGGGAGCAAGCUCAUGGAUUAUGCCAGAAACGUACACGAGGAGUUCUGAAAACAGAUCCGGCGUGAGGGACAAACCUGGAAGAUUGGCGACGAGAUGAUCAAGAUGUUCUAGUGUGCAAUUCUGUAUUUAAAAAGCCUAGCAUCAGCAGCCUCUGUCACUGCUGAGUCCAGUUAACACACCCCUCCUUCAACCCUGGACCAGUGAAGCUAACACAGUCUGCCUUUUGCGUGCCAUUGGACUGUUUGAAGUGUUCUCCAUUUUAAAUUUAAAAGCGCUGCACCGAUUCCAAAUUUAUUUUUGCUAAACAGUGAAAUGUGUGUAUAUGAGGAAUUUUCAUUGCUGGUGCAGUGGUGAGAGAGACUGAGCAGCUAGGCGAGCUGUUUUUCUGCAGGAUCUGUUGUCUGUAUACAGUGUAAAUAUUCACAUUUAUCACACACCAAUGCGUCUGUCAGUGGGAAAGAUAAUGGUGCUGAAGGGUGUGACGCUUAGAGAGACACUAAUGGAUUAAAAGAGUAUAUUUGUGCGACAAAAAUAUAUCACAUAAUUGCCCAAACUUAAGAAUUUCAUUUUUAGUGUAGUAUAGUUCCACCGCUUUCCACAAUAGGUCGAGUCCGUCCUUCCACUGUACUUAAAAACAGGGUGUUUAUGUAUUUAAACAAAAAAAGUAAAUAAGAUUAGAAUAGAAAAAUAAGAAGAACUUUAACUAAAAAAUCUGUUUGUUGAAAAAGAUUAAUAUAUGAGUAUAUUUUGAAGGAAACUCAAAAGCAGCAUCUAAUCAUGUCAUUUCACCUAUGUGUCUGUUUCUAAAUCUUCACUACAGCCACUCUAAUUCAGACUUAAUGUUUAGAUGUGGAUGAAGAAUACCUUAUAUAUAAAUAUAUAUAUUAUUAUUAUUAAUUUUUGUUUUGCAUCUUUGAACGUCAUGCAGAUGUGUACUUAUUUAGUCCUGGUGUCUUUGUCUUGGGUUUCUUUUACCUGCUGAAUCUUUAAAUGCUCACAGUCAAUCCAUAUAAUUGAUUUUCAGCUGCAUGGACAAUUAUCGGAGUUAACGAUUUUCGCUGCAUUUCUGUUUCCAGUAACCUGUGGAGUGUUGGCAUCCCGCUGCAGUCUUUUCUGUCCUCGGUGCGAUUGUAAAAUAAGAUUUAUGAUAAGAGAAUGUGACACAGCUUUACAAAAUGUACUGCAAAUAUGCCAUAAACAAUAAAUAUUUCUUAUCAACUGA